GCAAAACAAAAGUACCUAACCUAACCAAUACCAUUACAGCGAUAUUUAGAUAGAUACUUUUCGUAAUUAAUCUAAUAAAAUUGAAUUACAAUUAUUUUUUAAACACUUACAAUUACUCGAAAAGAGACCUGGAUAAAUCUGGAAAAAAUCAGUAUUAUCGAUAUUAUCCAAAUCGUUGGACAUCUCUAGGAAUUUCUAUGAAUUUUUAUACGUAUUGUAUUUAAUCCAAAUAUGAAUAGUUUUAGCUAAAUUACCAUGAAUUUUGAUGCGCAAAAGACAAAAAUCUAUAAUUAUUCAUAUUUUGACAUUUUGUUCAAUCCCUCUAAAUCACAAUUUCGUUUUUACUCCAUGACUCAUGUUAGUUUGAUUUUUGUUUACAGGUUAUAUUAUUUACCAUGUGCUCAGAGAUUUGAUAACAUAAAAUAACAAUUAUGGUGAUAAAAAUAGGUAAUUACUAAUUUGUGUUUAAUUUAAUUUUUGAAAUUACGUUGUCGAAUUCAGAGGAUCACAAAAUGAAGCAAUUAUCAGAUGAUCGAAUGAAAAUAUUUUUUGAAAAAUUAUCCAAAUAGUAAGUUAUUAUUUAGUUGAACAUUAUAUUAUAAUGUAUGUACAUGCAAAAUAAACCUACAUAAUAAAUAAUAGUAAUAGAAAGAAGUUUUAAAUUUUGUUAUGUUGGUUUUUGAGCUUAUGCAUUACAAACAAAUAAACAAAUCUUUCUUCUAUAAUAUAAUAUUAGUAUAGAAAUGAGUUUCAGUAACAAUAAUAACAAAUUAAUCACAAAUUUAAUAUUUAUUUUUAAAAACUAAAUGGUUUAUUUUAUUACUUUCUUUAUAACCAAUUAAAAAAGACAAAACUGAAUUAGUAACUGAAUUUAGCAAUGAGUAACUAAUUUGUAUUUAUUUUGAUAUUAUAAGGAUAAUAAUGUUGUUUGUGUGUUUGGUAUUUACCUUUCACCUUAAUAAAAUUAUACCCAUUAUACUUAUUUGAAAAAGCAUUUAUACAAAUUAUUAAAAAUGAAUAAAGUUUAUUUUUCAUGACACUUUUGUUUUAAUUUAGCAUUGGUACAAAUAUAAAAUUAUUGAUUGAUCGUUCUGAUGGAAAGUAUUGUUUUCGAGAAAAGAAAGAUCGAGUUUAUUAUGUGUCUGAAAAAGUAUUGAACAUGGGAUCUAUGAUGAAUCCUGAUAACAUCAUAAGUAUAGGUACAUGUUUUGGAAAAUUUACAAAAUCUGGAAAAUUUAGAUUACAUAUAACUGCUUUAGAUUAUCUAUCUCCAUAUGCCCAGGUAAAAUGAACCACAUUUUUAUUAUUUUUCUAUUUUAUGAUAAAUUAAAUUUUUUAGCAUAAAAUGUGGGUUAAACCAGCUGCUGAACAACAAUUUGUCUAUGGUCACAAUAUAUUAAAGUCUGGCCUUGGGCGAAUUACAGAAAGUACUCUGCAGUAUCAAGGUGUUAUAAUAUUUUCAAUGAGCGAUGUUCCUUUGGUAAAUUUACAAAUAUUUAUGUAAUUUAAUUUAAAAUAUAUCAAUAUUUUAUAAUUACCACCUUUAUGCAAAAAAUAGAACAAAUUGUAGUUUAAUUAUUUUAUUUGGUUUUAGGGUUUUGGUGUUGCAGCCAAGGGUACUACUGAAUGUAAACACACUGAUCCAUUAUCUGUAGUGUGUUUUAAUCAAGCUGAUAUCGGUGAAUUUAUUCGAUGCGAAGAUGAUUUAAUAUAAUAUUACCAACAUUUGUUUUCUUUUUCAUGUUAUUUUAUUAAAUUAACGAGAUUGAUUUUAUAAAUUCUUAAAUUAAUUUUUUUAAUGUAUAUUAUCUAAAUAUAAAGAACUUUCUAUGCAUUGUUCAU